AUGGAGACAAACCCUAACAAAGAGGGGGCCCCUGUCCCUCACAAACCCCCGAGAAUAAGAAAAAGAUUGCCCAAGAGAAUUCCCCCCGAGGCUGCCUUGGAGGUGCAGAGUCGAACCCUCUUGAGCCCGAAGGACAUUGAACUGCUCUACGCGAGGCGAGGGUUUCGCUGCGUCGCCCCUUAUGGCUUGAUGAACUACUCCGCCUUUUGCUCCAUGUUGGGGGUUUUGGCGAUGUUGAGGGAGACGCAAAUAACGGACCGUCUUUUCAAGGCUUUUGACAGGGACCACAACACGGAGCUGAACUUCACCGAAUUCGCUGUCGCCCUGGGGACAAUGCUGUGCGGCAAAGAAGAUGACAAACUUGACCUCGCCUUUAGGAUUCUAAACCCCAGCUUUACGGGGACCGGAGCCAGUCUGUCGGACUAUGACUUCGAAGAAGAUGAGGAAGAAGACAGCAGCAGCAGCAGCAGCAGCAGAAGCUCAAAGGAGGCACCAGGAGAUGCAGAAGCUGCAGCAGCAAAGCCAGACCAGCAGCAGCAGCAGCAGCAGCAGCAGCAGCAGCAGACACAGCCACAGCCACAGGAGAAAGAUGAGCAAGAAAACACAAGCCGGCCGCCGUCGCCGCAGGCGCAGCUGCAGCAGCACCUGCAGCAUCACCUGCAGCAGCAGCAGCAGCAGCAGCAGCAGCAGCAGCAGCAGCAGGCGGCGAGCCCAGAGCCUUCGCCUUUGUCGAAGGCGCAGCAGCAUCGGCAGCAGCCGCCUGCUGCUGCUGCAGCUGCAGCGAGCGAGCAGCAAGAGCCCGCUGCGGAGCGGGCGCGCCCCCCGUCACCGCAGCAGCAGCAGCAGCAGCAGCAGCAGCAGCAGCAGCAGGUGGUGUCGCGCCACGGCCGCGUGGUGAGCCUCGCAGCUUUUCGGAAGCAGCAAACCCUCGUUUGUGCAGACAGCGUUUCCCUCGAGGGUUUUGUGUCUCUCAUUAGAGCUGUGGAAGCUUCCAGGAGGAUUUUAGUUGGAGACGAAAGAGCUGCUGCUGCUGCUGCAGCAAUCCAAACUGUCUUCUCCCGAGCAGCAACUUGGCUGCCCGACGCCACCCAAAGGCUUUUCCUCAACGACUUCAAAGCCGCAGUCCGCAGCAGCCCGCCCUUCCUCGCGCUGCUGGGCGUGGACGUCGCUGCAGCAGCAGCAGACACCCCCAAGGCCUGGAACCAGGCAAACGAGUCGAAUAAGGCAAAGACAGAGGCCGCGAAAAACCCUCAAGACUCUUCAAGCCAGCCGGCCGCCAGCACGUCGGGCUUAGAUGCAGCAGAACGGAGGCAGCAGCAGCAGCAGAAGCAGCAGCAGCAGCAGCGACAGCGCCAGGAGCUGCAGCAGCUGCAGCAGCAGCACAAACAGCAUCUGCAGCAGCUGCAGCAAUGCGUCGCAGACCUCCAGGAGAUCGAGAGACACUUCUACAAACUAAAAAGGCAACUCCGGAUGCAAGAGGGGGCCCCAGCUAAUGCUGGAAGGGCGGCAGCGGUGGCAGCAGCAGCAGCAACAACAGCAGCAAAGCCAGCAGCAAACGCACUUCCGCCAUCAGUAUUAGCAGUAGUCUCACAAACAGCAGCAGCAGCAGCAGCAGCAGCAGCAGCAGCAGCAGCAGCAGCGGCAGCAAAAGGGGCUGCGCAUCUGGAGCAGCAGCAGCAGCACAAGCAGCAGCAGCAGCAGCAGCAGCAGCAACCGCUGUGGAGGUCUGUUGGCGCUGCAAUUUGCUGCAGGUUUGAAGUGGACGGCGUCCGUAAUGAACGCAUGACGGGGCAGCCGACGAAAGGGCUGGCGGUUUACUUCGGACACCACUCUUGGAAUGUUGCUUUAAAUGUAAUGUUGGGAAUGAGAUUAGCAGGAGUUCGAGUUGCUGUUGCUCCUGAGAGAUCUUUAAAACCCUACGACUACAACUACAAAGAGAAGUUCCGACUUCUCUCCAACUCCUCCGCCCUCGACAGCGCAAGCGCCCUGCGCCCCACGGCAGUGCGCUUCACGGAUUACUCCCCCAUGGUGUUUCGCCACCUCGCCCGUUACAAAUUUUAUCUGUUCUGCCACAUGUAUGUGAGGUCUCGCGAGAAGCAGCCAAAGGCCUCCGUCGCAUCUUAA